AUGCUGCGGCACUGUGCCCCGGGCUCACCGGGCCCCCGGUCCGUCCGUGCCCUGCCGCCCUCCGCCCGCGCCCUGCGGCAGCGCCUGCGCCAGUAUGCAGAACGGAUCCCAGAGGCUGAAGCAGUACUCGACAUACUGGAGAAAUGUCCAGAGCACCAAAAAAAAGGAGGUUUUCCCGUCGUAGUUUUUGAGGGACUGGAUGCCACAGGCAAAACCACGGUGACCCAGGCUGUUAAGGACACCCUGAAUGGCAUUCUGCUGCAGUCCCCACCAGCUUGCAUCAGCCAGUGGAGGACUGUAUUUGAUGAUGAGCCAACACCCAUUAAAAGAGCAUUUUAUGCUGCAGGCAACUACAUUCUGGCUUCAGAGAUAGCAAAAGCGUCCACUCAGGCACCUGUGAUCAUAGACAGAUACUGGCACAGCACAGCUGCCUACACAAUUGCCACUGAAACAAGUGGGAAAGUCCAGGAUCUUCCACCAGCUCAAGAUGAGGUGUAUCAGUGGCCUGAAGAUCUGCUUAAACCUGAUCUUGUUCUUCUCCUGACUGUUGACCCUGAAGAACGAGCCCGGAGACUUCAGCAUCGGGGGCUGGAAAAAACAAAGGAGGAAGCUGAGCUGGAAGCUAACAGCUUGUUUCGCCAAAGAGUUGAAGAGUCAUACAGAAGGAUGGUGAAUCCUUCAUGCCAAGAGGUUGAUGCCAGCCCCUCCAAGGAAGAGGUUCUCAAGACUGUUCUGCAACUAAUUAAGAAACACUGUGCUUUUUGAAAGCAACUUUUAUGUAGUAGCACUUAAAAGAUACUUUUUAUUGCCCCACUGGUUUUGGUACCUGAAAAUGUCGUGAUGUGUUUUGUCUCACAGAAAUACUGAAUAUGGUUUUAUUCUGUCAACAGUAAUCUGCGCAGGGUAUCUGUUUUGUGGUUGUUACUGUACUUUUCUGUAUAAGGCAAAAUGCUACUCAUGUCGUUCAGCAUUCUUAGUAAAGAAACAAACAUAUUACAGUCAUGCACGAAGUACCUCAGAGUGCUCUCUGACACCAGGACAUUUUGAGAUGCCAUCAUGUUGCAUCUUCAUCACCAGGAGAACCUAUUCCCCAAUCCACUGUGUACCAAAAUUUGCUGCACUGCAUCAGGAGCAUUAAAUGCCCGAGGAGAGGCUGAAAUAUCAUCAGCACUAAAACAAUAGAAUGAUCAUAACAUUUAGGAACAGAAAA